GCCUAAUUAUUCCAAUACCUGAAUUUUAUGUCGUUGUAGAACAACUACUUUUACUAAAUGUAUGAAAAUUAGACAAAUUCAGUAACAUUUUACAUUGUGUUACCUGAGAUAUUCUAAAUGGUAUGCCCCUUAUGAAAAAGUGUUCUUGAAGACAUAUUGUAAGAAAUUAUAGAUGUUUUUUUUUCUCUUUUUGUCCUCUACAAGUAGUGACUGAGCUGAACACCUUCCGAGAUGUUUCUUCCUACCUCUAGCUUCUUAGCACAACUCUAUAAGGCGCUUUCGCGGCGGAAACGCCAGGAAGAUGAUGGAGGAGAAACUAAAUUGGCACGAGUACUGUCGCUCUUUGACCUCACAGCACUUGGAGUGGGUAGCACCCUUGGUCUUGGUGUCUACGUGCUCGCAGGAGCAGUGGCUAAAGAGUUGGCUGGUCCUGCUGUGGUCAUUUCCUUCCUGAUUGCUGCUAUUGCAUCUGGCUUCUCAGGACUUUGUUAUGCCGAGUUCGCGGCACGAGUCCCAAAAGCUGGAUCAGCCUAUAUCUACAGCUAUGUGAGCAUAGGCGAAUUCGUAGCCUUUACCAUUGGAUGGAAUCUUAUCCUAGAACAUGUGAUAGGAACUGCUAGUGUUGCACGUGGUAUGAGUGGAUACCUCGAUUCACUCUUUGACAAGAAAAUGUCAAAGACUUUGAGAGAAAUGUUUCCAAUUAAUGUGGCUUUUUUGGCUGAAUAUCCUGACUUUUUCACCCUUAUCGUAGUGACUCUUUUAUCUGUUCUUCUUGCGAUAGGGGUUAAAGAAUCCACUAUGAUCAAUAAUAUCUUUACAGCAGUUAAUAUGUCCACUAUUUUUAUCAUAAUUAUUGCCGGAUUGACUAAAGUAAAUAUGAAAAACUGGGCCAUUGAUCCUACAUCUCUAGAUGAUUGUAAAAUAGAAAAUUGUGGAUCAGGAGGAUUUAUGCCAUUUGGAGUUGCAGGAGUAAUAGCAGGUGCAGCCAAGUGUUUUUACGGUUUUGUUGGAUUCGACAUUGUAGCAACUACUGGAGAAGAGGCCAAAAAUCCCAAGCGAAACAUUCCUCUGUCAAUUUUUUUAUCCCUCAUUAUCAUAUUUCUUGCAUACUUCGGCAUUUCUACAGUUUUGACCAUGAUGGUGCCAAGCUAUAAGCUAGAUUUAAAUGCACCUUUUCCAUAUGUUUUUGAUGCAAUUGGUUAUGUGGAGAUCAAAUGGGUGGUAACAAUUGGGGCCAAUUUUGCUCUUAGUACUGCACUUCUCGGAGCAAUGUUUCCUCUGCCAAGAAUUCUCUAUUCAAUGGCAAGUGACGGAAUCCUCUACAAAUUCCUGCAGCAUGUAUAUCCAAGGACUAAAACACCUGUGAAAGCAACAAUGGUUUCAGGAAUCUUAGCCGCUAUUUUGGGGGCCAUCUUCAAUCUUCAUCAAUUGAUUGAUAUGAUGUCAAUUGGGACACUUCUAGCCUAUACCAUCGUGGCCAUAUGCGUUUUGGUACUACGCUACCAGGACGAGAAUAUGUGUGAGAACUCUAUCGAUCAACAUUCUAAUCUCAUUUCUAGAACCUUCAACACGAAAGGUGUAAAGAAGCCUAAUCCAAGUACCAGCUCAAUCAGCAAAAAUGGCAUCAUAUUGUUUAGUGUGUUGUCGAUUAUCUUUUGUGCAUUAACUACUUUUGCAGAUAUCAUUGGAUCCUUCAGUGCUCAAUUCGGUUUUGCAAUCGUUGUAGUUGCCAUGAUUGCCUGCAUGUUAGCUAUAGGACGCCAGCCUGUUUCUCAAAUUGAGCUGACUUUCAAAGUCCCUUUAGUACCUACCCUUCCUUGCCUUUCAGUCCUCAUAAACUUGUACCUCAUGUUCCAACUUGACAUUUACACGUGGAUCCGUUUCGUUGUGUGGUUGAUCAUUGGCUAUGUCAUGUAUUUUAGCUAUGGUAUUAAGUAUUCCGUAGAAGGAAUUCUACUCAAAGAUAAAGAACGCAACGAAGAUAUGACGGAAUCUGGCAAAACCGAUUGUACAAAUAAUCAAAUAAGCGGCACCUACAACAUUACACUUAAAGAAUAAGGCAUCAUCAAUUGCGUCAUUAGAUGUUUAAGUCAUAAAAGAAUUCUUAAAGUAAAGCAUUUUAUUGUGAUAGAUAUAAGUAAUUAAGGCAAAUAUGUGAAAUUUUGAGACAUCAAUGUUCAAUACUUACCAUAUGAAUAAAUAAAUAUAUAUAAUUACUUCUUAAUAUUUCAUCUGUAUACGCAGUGUUAUAUUAAUUUAUUCAAAAAUAAAGAUGUGGCUCAGUGAAAAUA